AUGAGCGGGGAAAAGGAGUCGUCUGGGACGGUUCGACGAGUGCUGGGUGGGGCCUACAUUCUCAUUAUUGUGUGCGGGAUCUGGGCCGAAGGCGUGGUGCGGGGCAAUUUGCUGGUCCCGGGGGAGGCAGCUGCCACAGCAGCGGCGGUGCGCGAGCAUGAGGCGAGCUUUCGGGCCAGCCUGCUGGCCGAUGCCAUGAUGGUCCUCUGCGACAUUGUGGUUGGCGUCUUGUUUUACACCCUGCUGCGCUUGGCCCACCCAGUCUUGGCGCAUUUGGCCCUGGUUCUGCGGUUGGUGCAGGCGGCUCUGAUUGGCGCCAGCUUGGUCUUGCUCUCCGGCACGCCGCUGGCGGCCCAACGCGGGCAGGACGACCUGGCUCUCCUUCUGACCGAGCUCCAUGCCACGGGCUACGACGUUGGUCUCAUUCCCUUUGGCAUCAAUUGUCUGAUCAUGGGCCUCCUCCUGCACCCCAAGCAAUCGGUGGCUGCCACCCCCUCGCUGCUGCGGGCCCCGCGUCCCAUUGCCUGGGGCUUGGCGGCCUCGGGCCUCGUCUAUCUUCUCGGCAGCAUCUGUCGUCUCGUGGCCCCCGACGCCCGCGGCCUGGUGGAGCCAUUCUACGCCAUUCCCUUUUUCUCCGAAACCGCCCUGGCCCUCUGGUUAUUCUUUGCCUCGACCUAAGCGGCAAGCGGCAAUGACAUGGCGCUGCGAUCGUGUCGAGUCGGGGCGCGUUUUGGACCUGUGUUUUUUUUUUAUGCCUGCCGCUUGCACCGCCAGAGGUGACUGACGUCUGUAUUUGAAUUGGCAUGCGCGAUUGAUAUUUUUUUUUUUUCUUUUCCUUUGGAGUGUGGCGUGGGACUCUUCUGGCGUGUGACAGAGUGUGCCAUACGUCGGACGAUCCUGGCACACACGUCCACGUCCACUGGUCUCAGCCACCACCGCUUGCAUGAUCGGGACACCAAAGUCCGCAUGUCAAGCUCAUACUUGCACCAAAACCUUGGCCGCACGCCCUCUGUCAUGUCCCUCAACUGGCCAAACGGCCCGUGAGCGCCUCGACCGAAUAGCUUUCAGAGGCCCUGCGUCCACAAGUCGCCAGGCGCCGUUGAUCAGAGACGUUGAUGCACUGCCACUGCGACGGACGGUUCAACGGGCAGAGAGAGAGGCGUCAUUCCCAAUGUG